GGGGGUUAAUGCGCAUGUGUCGUUGAGUUCCGUUUGUGGGUGUUUCCAGGAAACACACGCUGCUUUUCCAGGUAAUUUCCUUGGCAAACAUUUCACAAGCGCGCUUUAAAUUGUAUUCAUUGAAAAAUUCCACUAUUCCAGCAAAAAUGGGUGAGGAACGAAGACCUCCGAUUCAAGAACGAAGAGUAGAAGGAGGCCGUUGUUCGACAUGUAUUGAAUGCUUUCAAAACAUUCGGUGGAAAAUGAUAUUCGAAAAUCUUUCUAUUUUGGCGACAUUUGCCUCGAUCGGAUUGGCAAUUACAGCCAUAGUGCUUGCUGCCGGAGACAUAACAAAACUUGGCGAAAAUGAAAACGAACUGGAUUCUGUCAGAGAGGAAAUAAAUGAAUGUUGGAACAACACGUAUGAAAGAAUUCAAAGUCUUUCGAGGAAAAUCGAUGAAAUUGACGCGAGCCUCAACGAUCUGAUCGCCCAAACAAAAUCCACUUUGGAAAACAAGAUUACCAACGUUAAAAGUAGUCUGACCUCAUGGAUAAUAGGUGUACAGAACCAAGUCUCUGAUAUGAAUACGAAUGUGGAUAAAGUUCAGACAGGUCUGGAAAGUUUUGAAGAUUCGACGAACAGUGAAUUUUCAAAACUGUGGAAGAAAUUUAAGGAAGUUGACAAUGAGAUCGCGAAUCUUCCACAAAAUAAAGGAAGCUUGAAAAAUACGAGUGGAGAAAAAAUUUGCGCCAUAUUUAUAAUUGUAUAUUGUAGUUAUAUGCACAUAUUUCAACUAUAAAAUUAAUUUUAGUGCGAGAAAAUACCUUGGUGAAACAUUUGCAUUGCAUUGGCGAUGUGUUUAUGUUUUUCUAUGUUUUUUUAAAAAAGAUUUUUAGCUUCAAGUCUAUAUUAAAAGUCUAACAUAACAGCUUGUAUAGAACUGUUAGAUCAGAACUCUAUAUAAACUGGAAUAAUAACUACGCCACUAUCUUUGAGUCCGAUUUGAAGCCGAAUUACAGGACUAGUGCCAAUCCUUUUUUUGCUUAUGUAGGCGCGGUUGACGACCGCGCUUACACAAACGAUCAAAAAGGGAAUGGCACUGGUGUAUGAUUCGGCUACAAAUACGAUUGGUCUCAAAAAUGGCGGCCAAAUAAACAGCAGUUAUCAUUCCAGUUUAAAUCGAGUUCAGCGGAGUAAGGUUGACAAUUUCCCUCACUCCAGGUAAAAUAUCCAAAAUAGCGUGCGCUGAAUGAUGCAAAUAACGUGCGCUGAUUGGCUGUUCGUCGAUCUGGAAUCCACGAUGAUUGGCCCGCUGUAGUGUUCUAAUUUUUUAUAUUCCCAAAUAUGGAAUAAUGGUUCAGUUUGCAUAAAUUCUAUUAAUGUCAAAAGAGCCGU